UGGCCGAUGGGCCUCUAAACCAAAAAAUCUCUGAGGAGUUCUUACUUCUGUUCAUAAACAAUAUGUAUACCAAAGCGUUUUCAUAUUUCUCUUUGUUUGACACUGACGGAGUACUCAGAAUGCACUCGGCAGUUUUGUAAUAUUUUGGAGUGUUUUUUCGCCAGAGGCAUUUAAAGUGCAUCCUUUGGUGAAUUUUACAAGUAGGUGUCUAUUCUAUAUCUAAGGUAUAGCUACUUGAAACCUUGCCUAAAAAAGGACCCGUUUUAAUAGUAGGUAGUAUACUUAGUAGUAACAAACCGAAAUGCUUGACGUCCGUUGGGGGAGGCCUACGUAGAGCAGUGGACGGCUAUUUGCCGAUAUGAUGAUGAUACCUAUUUGGGUAGAUAUUAAUUAAUUAAUUAAACAAACAAUUUUAUUGCAAUGAAUAGAAGUUAAGAGGUAAUCAAAAAGAAAGUAGAAGGAUAUUACCACUAGUCUAAUAAAAUAAUUACUCAAUAUCGCCACAGAUAGCAGCAUAAACAAGAAAAUAUGGGGAUAAUACAAUCCGUGUUCUGUUCUUUGACAUUUUGUGUGGAAAGAGUUCUCACAUGGACCUGCUGCGCUUUCCUGCUGAUGUUACUGAUGUUCUGCAUCAUCAUGCUGAUGGUGUACGGCAUUUCGGUGGGAUACCAUUACGCUCAGAAAGAACUCGCCUCGUUUGCUAUGUCAUCGAGAUCGACGACGGAGCCGUCGCUGUUGAUGCGAGCGGGGCCCGAGAACAGACCAGUGGUACGACUGCUCGCGGUCAACAGGUCGGAAGUCGAACACCCGCCGCAUCCACUUCUCGAGGUAUACCAAACCAGAAAGCCAGGAGAGCAGCUUUAUAUAGAGCCGUCGGAAACGCCUAUUGUUUUGCUUGAAACAGAAAGGCCGCCCAAGGAGCCCGAGUUGUCUCCGCACGAGCGGGAGCUGGCGCGCAGACUGAUCGGUCGCUUCCGUCGCUCGCGCAGCAACUCCUCAACGCCUGUGCCCUUCCUCAGGCCCCUAAGGCCCGCUAACUACACACACGCCAGAGUUAUACCUUUCACAUGAAUAACCGCAGAGCUCUAAUUUUGCGAUAAUAAAUUGGCCAAGUUCUCUUUAAAUUGGGACAUUUGGGUAACUUGACUAAGAUCAAUCUGUAUAAUCAAGUAGGUGCAAUAGAUAAUAGCCUAUUGUAUUUUGUAAAAUGUUUAUUAUUUAAUGAUUGUACACUGGUGUUUGUCUUUAUAAAUUAGUAAAGUCUUUACGUUAUUCA